AUGACGGCCCAGAGGUAUAACGGCCCGGCUAGGGACGGCGAUUGGGUCAACUACCGGGACAUCAUCACCGCCCUCUAUCUCGACCAGAACAAGAGCCUCAAGGAGGUCAUGCGCAUCAUGCGGGAGGAGUAUUAUUUUUUCGCGACGGAGAAGAUGUACAAGAUCCGCUUCAACAAAUGGGGCCUACACAAGAAGCUGAGGGCCCACCAGGUCGCUGAGCUGCUCGUCCAGCACAGCCGCCGGGCCGCCGUCGGAAAGGCUUCGGUCUCCUACGUCCACGGCCGUAAAGUCGACGUAGACCGGCUCAACACGUACCUCCGACGAGUCUCGCCUGCCAGGCGCAAGGAGCUCGAAGCGAUACGCUCGGGCGAAGUCCAGCUGGCCAGCGACCAAAGGCGCAGACUGGGAGUUAUCAUAUGCCGAACCCCAUCACCGGAACCAGAGUCGAUGCUGAGACGUCUGGAUGCGCCCGACAGCCUGCGGCUCCCGGAGGAGUGUCUGCAGAUCGUUCGCGAUUACGUUCGUGGCGCCUUUGAAGCGUCGUUGUGGCAUACCACGCCGCAACAGGAGCUGAUAUUUCCCCGGAUGGGGAAGACGUGGCUGGACCCCGUGUCAUGCGCGAGGCAAUUGCUCAUCAGCGGCCUCAGCGCUCAGGGGUUCAGCAUGCUGAACAUAGCCUUGAACGACUAUCGGGCUGUGCUGGCCAAGGAGGACCCGUCGCUACUCAUCGAAACCUGCCUCGCCCUCGGCGCGUUGUUGCAGUCGGGGUUAGAAAUCGCCAAGUCGCUAGUGAAUUUCGCGUGGCAGCUGUCCAUGAUCGUCUUCGAGCUGCCUCGGCAUCCGUUGCGCCUCCUCUUCUCGCGGCUCAGGACGGCGCCGCUGACGGAGAUUAGGCAGGUCAUCGGCCUGAUCCUGCAAGCUUACCUGCAGGCCAUGCAGGUGGGCAGCCGCCUCAAGCCGACGUACCUGGCCACCGUGUACCGCGCCAUGCUCAAUAGCGAAUUCAUUGACACGGCGACGACGCAACAUCUCCUGCGGGGCAUCCUCGCGGGCUUGGAGGCGGUGUCGCCGCCUCCGCCGCCCGAUCCGGCCAGCCCGCCGGACCCGCCGCUGCUGGUGGAGCUACGCAAGGACACCAACCUAGUGCGGUACCACCUGGCGUGGCUGUUCGACGUGCACGACAAGCCGAACGAGGCGCGGGCUGCGGCGCGGACGCUAGCGGAGACGCGCGGGCACGACGCGCGGCUCGCGCGCUUCAGCGCGUACAACAUGCUGCGGACGCUGCCGACGAGCCACGAGGUCGGCGACGACGAGGUCAUCGCACUGCUGUAUGGCGCGCUCGCCGAAUGCGAGGCCCAGUGGGGGCCCGUGGACAACGCGGCCGUCUCGGUGCUGGCGGUGCUCGAGCAGUACCUCGUCCGCGCCGGCAACGUCGGCGAGGCCGCGCGGGUCCGCGCCGACUUCGACGCGCGCUGGCAGGAGGUCUGCAGGCGCUUGCGCGAGUCGAAGGCGUAG